AUGAAUCUAAAUCCGGUUCACUGUAUUAUUGAUGGGCUAAGCGAAAUUCAUAAUAGUGGAUAUAUUCAUAAAGAUUUUCAUUUGGGCAAUAUAUUAAGUGGUGAUGGUGGCUACAUUUCCGAUUUAGGUUUAUGUAGGCCUGCAAAUGAGGGUAAUCAAAAAGAACUUUAUGGAGUGUUACCUUAUGUCGCUCCAGAGGUUUUAAGAGGUAAACCUUACACUCAAGCAGCUGAUAUUUAUUCAUUCGGAAUAUGUUUAUAUGAAAUCGUUCAAGCAAUAGAACCAUAUCCUGGUUUUAAGCAUGACCUAUUUCUUAGUUUUAAAAUAUGUCGGGGACUUAGACCAACAUUUUUAAAUAAUUUUAAGGUACCACCCUUAGUUAAACAAUUAAUUGACCGUUGUUUAAAAGAAGAUCCAUCAGAACGUCCUACAGCCAAUGAAUUGACUGAUAUAUUCAUGAGAUGGUAUCGAUCAGAUAAUAACGCUGAAUAUCGUAAGCAAUGCAAAGAAGCAGAUGAUCACAAUAGUUUAUAUUUCAAAUCAGUAAUGAAUACUCCAAAUGCCUCAACAAAUAAACUUACCAAAAAUCCUUCCGAAUUCUCAGGUAUUGAUUUUACAAAUUAUAAAUCAGAAAGUUCAGAUUUAACAAAGAAUGAUAUUGAAUGCUCAGAUUCCUUGAGUAUAGAUUCUGAGACUGAUCAUAAAUUUUCAGGAUCCUUAAAUGUAGAUAUUACAAAGAACAUCUAUGAAUUUUCAGGUAUUGGUUUUGCGAAUAACGAACCAAAAAAUUCAGAACCUUUAAAUAAAAAUUUAACAAAGAAUAGUAUCGAACGCCCAAAUUUAACAAAUAAGGGUACUACCUAUUUAGAUAAUUAUACUUUAAUAGAUAUUAAAUUAAUUUCUUUUAAAUAUAUUAAAAUUCUAGAAAACCUGGACAUGAAUUUUCAAAAAAAUGAUUCUGAGUAUUCAGAAUCUUUAGAUAUAGAUUUUACAAUAAUUAAUUCUGAAAAUUUAGAAUCAUCAAAUGAAGAAUUUAGCGGCGAUAGUUCCGAAAGUCUAGAUUUUACAAGAAUUGACUUUAAUGAUCAGGCCGUAAUACCGCAACAGUUGAGGGCCAUUUCUAAUUGCAAAGCAACAUUUUCAAAUUAA